AUGGGUUGUGGAUCUAUUUCCUAUGAGAGGACUCCUGACUUCUAUGGGGAUCUUAUAACAGAAAACACCCGAGAAGCCUUAGAGAAAUCCGUAUGGCAGAAGGUUGCCACAGCAAGGCCACUGGGCGCAGCUGAUAAACUGGCUCCCGCUCAGUAUAUCCGAUACAGCCCCGCUCAGCAAGGAGCGGCUUUCAACUCUGGAGCCACACAGAGGGUUAUUCGGAUGGCAGAAAUGCAGACAGAUCCCAUGAAGCCUCCAAGGUUUAAGACUAACAAGAAAAUUCCCCGGGGACCACCUUCUCCUCCUGCACCAGUCAGACCACCUUCUCCUCCUGCACCUAGCAGACAGAUGACUGUAAGGGAACAGCGAGAGUGGAAGAUUCCUCCCUGUAUUUCUAACUGGAAAAAUGCAAAGGAUUACACGAUCCCACUGGACAAACAUCUGGCUGAGGAUGCGAGAGGACUACAGACAGUACACAUCAGUGAGAAGUUUGCCAGACUCACCCAAGCCCUCUCCAUGGCUGAUCGCAAGGCUCAGGAAGCUGUGGAAAUGCGUGCCCAGGUAGAGAGAAAGAUGGCUCAUAGAGCGAAGGAGAGACGUGAAGAGAAACUCAGAGAAAUGGCCCAGAAAGCCAGGGAGAGGAGAGCUGGGACCAAGACCCAUGUGGAGAAAGAGGAGGGGGAGGCAGAAGAGAGGCAGGAAAUCCGGACUGACAGGUGA